UGAAAAAUAAAAUUAUUUUUGAAAAAUCAAAUAAAGUUGAUAUAAUUUUUUCCUUUUCUUAUGUCAUUUUCUAGAAAUCAUUUUUUUCCGUUUUAUCCCUCCCAAAGGGGACCCUUAUUGGAAUUCCAUCCCGCAAAUAGUGAAAUCGGGACCUCGUACGCUCUUGGUCCGUAUUUGUUUAGGGCUGAAUCAAAAUCACAAGAAGGAUAGAUGAGUGAAAGAGCUGUACCUAGAAGGGAGAGUCCAUGGGGUUUACCUGAAGGUGACACCAGACAACCAAAAGCCCACAGGUGCAACGACCGUGCUGAGGAUGUCAUCCAAGCAUGCUUUGAAGGGAACCCAUUCAAAACAGUUCCCGGCCCCUUCAAGUUGUUCUGGCAAUGUAUGCGUUCUAAACCCGGAGAAGAGCCCACAGAGCCAUACACUUAUUUGCAGUUGGAUCCACCAAAGAGGGAAGUAAAGCUCGAGUGAAGCAUAGAUUAUCAGAAAAGUAAAGCUAAAAAAAAAUGUGUUGUUUUUUCUCUUGUUUUUUAAUGUGGAAAUAAGAAUUAAAAAAAAAGACAGAGGUGUUUAUGCUGAAGGAUGACAUUGUUGUACUUGAUUAAGUGAGAGCAUGUUGUCUUGCAUAGUUGCAUUGAAUGAUCUUUUGUACAAAAAAACCUUUUAUUCUAAUCUUUUC